AUGACCCUUGAAGAGGAGAUAAACUGCCUCAGAUAUGAAGGGUUUAUCUUUGAGGUUAUUGCAGAUAUUUGGUGGCAGCAGGAAGAGAGGACUGGGGGACUUUUUGCCCGGCGGAAGGGAGUCCCUGAUCCACACCCGGAAGCCCCCUGGAUGACAGGCCCAUCCCAGUGUUCCAGGCUGAGUCUGAGGUCCCGGGACUGGUUCCGGCCUGUCCUUGCCACGCUCCCCAGGGCGUUGUCUGCACUUCGGUCACUAGGUGGCGCCACAGGAACAUCCUCGCGGCCCGAGGUGCGGUCGCAGACCGGGAGGACUCGCCUCGGCGCCGCGGAAUUCUCCGGCUUUGCACACAGGGUCGGGGGCGUCUCCAGUUCAGCGUUUUCACCGCCGAAGGCUAAGCUUGUUUGCUCCCCCUCAGGCUCUGCCCCCGUCCCCGGGGGCGUCCCAGGCGCGGCGUGUCCCCUGCAGGCGGGCCGGGGUCCCCCUCCACUCUUCGGCCCACGUCAUUUGCCGGCCUCGGAACCCGCAGAGAUUCUCAAUUGCUUCUCAAAUGGCAAGAAAGUUUCCCCGCUUCAAAGUCGAUGGCUGUCCUGUCACCUCCCCGACUGCAUCACCAUCUGCACAUCGCCCACCUCCUCUGCCAUGUCCACAUGGCUCCUUGACCCCUUGGGUUCUCCGCUCGCUGCUCCCCAGCACCCUCCAAGGUCGCAGGUCCUUUCUCCGGGACUCCUCAGGGGCGCUGGUGUCGGCUGGAUCCUGGGUCCCUCCCCACACCUAGGCUUCCUUCCACUGCCAGGUUCUGGAGGAUCCGGAAUUAAGCCUAGUGUGGCCCCCUUCCUCCCGUCAGCACACUGGGUAGCCUUUUCCUGUUUGCAGGGCCGGCAGGAUUGA